UCUUUUCAUUAAUAAACAAUAAGGAUUGUGCAGUAUAGCUGUAAUCACACUCAAUUUUUAAAUAAAUGAUAAGGGAAAUGAAACCGGCGACAAAAACUAUGAUAACAUGACAAGGUUAUGGAUGUUGCGUAAGCAUGAAAAAUUACACCAUGGUUAAAAUAAAUGGGACAGUGAAUGCAUCAGAGGUAGAGGCCAACAAUGAUGAGGGUGAUGAUACAGUUACUGGGAAACACAGAUAUUCCCUACCUGCUUUUAGAUACACCAACAUCUUUAUCACACUAAUGAUUAUUGAUGGAAUAUUGUCUUGUAUUCUGUGGUUAACAGGAGGUCACUCAAAAUAUUUUGUGGACAACAUAACAAAUUUUCAUUUCAAGGAGUCUGUAUUUGAUUUGGCACUACUAGCAGGAUUCAAGACAGUUAUAGUUGUGACAUUUUUACCAUUGUUAGAAAACAAAUCUUAUGAACAGAUCGAUAACCCUUACAACAGAAGUCUGGAGACAAAAUGCUUUAUUAUAGACGCUUUUCUAAAAGUGCUAUUCUUAGGAUCUCUGGCAUUUACCAUAACAAAAGGAGGAAUUAUACUGCAUUGUAUAUUAAAUGAUGACAACUAUGUAACAAUGCAUGUCACAUACAAUGCCUUAGUCAUAUCGUCAGUGUCUUUCAGUCUUUUAGAGUUUUUACUCAGUUUAUUCAGUGGCCGUUCAAUGAGGAGAUUAAAAAUAGUGAGGAUUCUACACAGGUUUAAUGAUAAAGGUCAAGAAAUUGAUAAGGAAGGAAAGCCCAUCAAAAAGAAGGUGGAUAUUAAAAGAUUGGUGAAGCUAGCUAAGCCAGAGUGGGGGAUCUUGGCGGGUGGAUCCUGUGGAUUACUGCUCUCCAGUGCAGCACAGACAGCAGCCCCAUUGUUCUUUGGUGCAGUGGUUGAUGCAGCACAAAAGAGCAUGGAUGAGCUCACUAGCACUGUGUUGACACUGUUGGUGAUAUACAUAGUCUAUGCAAUAUUUGCUGUUAUACGAGCCUGGCUCUUCACCCUAGCGGGACAGAGGCUUGUGGCCAGACUGAGGAAACAUCUGUUUAAUCAUAUCAUCCAACAAGAUGUUGCUUUCUUUGAUACCAAUAGAACAGGAGAGCUGUGUAAUAGGCUAGCGUCAGACACACAGGUUGUUCAGAAUGCAGCCACUGUGAAUGUGUCGAUGCUGGUGAGGUACACACUACAGAUGGUGGGUUCCCUGGUGUUGAUGUUUUACCUGAAUGCUGCCCUCACAGGAGUCCUGCUAGCCGUGGUCCCUAUAGUCUCCAUUGUAGCUGUUCAGUACGGAAAGUUUGUGAAGAAAAUGCGACAGAAAUUUCAGGACCGUUUAGCUGAUGCAGGUACUCUGGCUGAAGAAAACAUUUCCAGCAUCAGAACUGUCAGGUCUUUUGCCGGGGAGAACAAAGCUUCCAGUCUAUAUGGGGACGAAAUCCAGAAGAGUUAUGAAGUUGGCAAAAAACUAGCUGUUGCAUAUGGUGCAUUUGAGGGAUUAGUAGGACUAUUGGCCUAUGGUGCAAUAGCUAUGGUACUGUGGUAUGGGGGAAAGCUUGUAUAUGACAAUACUCAUGGAGAAAAUACGGGUCUGACUCCUGGAGUACUCACAUCAUUUUUACUCUACACCCUUCAAGUAGCCAUGGCAUUUGCUCUGAUGUCUGCACUUUAUGGUGAUUUCAUGCAGGCUGUAGGGGCUUCGAUUCGAAUCUUUGACUUACUGGACAGAAUCCCAGAUGUACCAACAGAAAAUGGGGAUGUCCUUUAUCAAUUGGAUGGAAGGGUAGAGUUUCAACAUGUUUAUUUCAAUUAUCCUUCCAGGCCAGAAACCAAAGUAUUAAAGGACAUCACCUUUACUGUGGAGCCUGGUGAGAUGGUGGCACUGGUAGGGCCCAGCGGGGGUGGGAAAUCCACCAUUGUUAAUCUGAUAGAGAGGUUCUAUGAUCCUGACUCUGGGAAAAUACUCUUAGGUGAUGUAGACCUAAAGACGUUAGAUCCACAAUGGUUCCGUAAGAAGAUUGCAAUGGUAGGACAGGAACCAACAUUGUUUGCUUCCUCCAUCAAGGACAACAUAGCCUAUGGAUGUAGUGCCACUGAUUACCAGAUAGAAGAAGUGGCUAAAGAAGCCAAUGCCCAUGAAUUCAUCUCUACUUUUGAGGAGGGGUACAACACACUCGUGGGGGAGAGAGGGGUUCGUCUUUCAGGGGGUCAGAAACAGAGAAUAGCCAUUGCCAGAGCUCUCAUCAUGAACCCUGUACUCCUCUUACUCGAUGAGGCCACCAGUGCCCUGGAUGCUGAGAGUGAACACUUGGUACAGGAGGCAGUAGACAGAGCCAUGAAAGGAAGAACGGUCAUCGUUAUAGCACAUCGUCUGUCCACAGUCCGCAAUGCCACCAAGGUUGUUGUCAUUGACAAAGGAGAGAUAGCAGAGAUGGGCACCCAUGAUGAUUUGAUAGCCAAGAAUGGUGUUUAUAAGCGUCUAGUAUUACGUCAGUUAACUGCAGGCUCAUUCCACGAGUCCCUGGAUACAGAUAACAAUCAGGAAUAGAAACAUGGUUCUCUCUUAACUUUGUAUACAUGUAACUCCAGGUUAAUUCAAAUUACAAGUAUCAAACACUGUACGUAAGGAAACAUUAUCAGGAGUAGGAACUCAGUUCUCUCUUAAGAAUAACAUUUAAUUUACAUGUAGCUCCCCGUUAAUUAGAAUAACAAGUACACGUAUUAUCAAUCACAUGCGUGGAUCUAGGAGGGGGUGUCUGGACAUCCCCCCCCCAAAAAAAAAAAUUCAGUUUUCUUUAUAUUACAUUGUAAAAUUACCAAAAAUUUCUUGGAUCUCCUGGCAAACUCAAAUAACCAUUUGACACCCCCCCCCCCUUGGAAAAUAUUUUUGAAUCCAUGCAUAAAACAUUGUCAGGAAAAAUAAUCAGAAGUAAAAACUCAAAUCUCCCUUAAUUGUAAAAUCAGAGUACAUGUAUUUAAGUACAAGCAAUGCAUACUGGUAAAUGGCAGUAGUGUAUUAACUUGAAAUAUUUACCACAUAUCCUUACUUUUGUUCUGUUAUGUGAAUUUAUUUUUUGUCAUGUUUUUUAAAAAGUACCAUAUUAAUUUGUUGAUGCACUGUUUUCAUGCAUCUGUCCUUUAAUAUUUAAUGUUGCCAUUUAUAGAAUCAUAUGAAAUGUGUUCCAGAAAUGUUUUAUAUGCAUUAUCUUGGGGAGAAAAAAUCAGUUAUCAUGUUCUACUGGUAUUUUAACUUAAUGCUAAUAUUUUUCAUGAUUUUAUUCAAAGCAAAAAAUCACUUACCGUAAUUUAACACCUAACUUUGAGGGUGCGUAUUAUGUACAGGUGCAUGCUUUACACUUUGCAUGAGACUUUACGAGUCUUUUUAAAGUUUAUAAUGUUUUAUCCAAGAUUUAAAAUAUCAUUUAAGAACUGACUUUAAGUCAGACAUGGAACCACAAAAUACUGGUACAUGAAAUUCAUAAAUAUGUAUCCUUUCAUAUUUAUUUUAUUUAUUUUUUAUGUAUACAUUAUGUAAGGUUUUAAAUCCAUAUUCCAUGACAUUUGUAUUUUGUACUGAACUCUAUUUAUGUCAAACAUUUUCACUAUAUAAGUAAUUUAUAAAAUUGCAACCAUUCAUUAUCAAUGGUUACUCAGUUUGUUUGUGUGUUUGUGAGUGUUAUUGUGUUUUGUCCAUGCAUGCUUUUUAACUUGGCUUAUUUGUGAAACAUGUGAACAAAACUUUAGAAUGUUGCGCCCUGCACAUCAGUUUAUCAAAUUCCAAAAAUCUUGUGUUAUUAAACUUUUUAUUUUUGUUGUUGGGGGGGGGGGGGGGGGGUGGUAGGGUUGCAUUUAUAUUUUACAUAUGAAAAUAUAUACUGGUAUUGAAAUACAAUAAAACCUCCAUAUUGGGACCUCUAUAGGAUUUCAAGAUAAUGUAUUAAAGAAUUAGAGACCCUAGAAGUUAGAGUAUCUGAUCAGACAAUGGUUGAGUCUGUUCACUGAUUAAGUUUAUCAACGGAAUUUAAGAUAUCAAAUUAAUGUCAAAAAUAUCAAAAAUCUGCAAAUCUACAUGUUUUUCAAGUUCAUAUCUGUUAUGAAUACAAUUUGUUUCAGAGUCAUCUGUUUUUAGGGUACAGUAGCAUGCAUAUUAAACUUUUCAUAUUCCAAUGUGCAGUUCAAUUACAGGAUACAAAAUUUAGCUGGUACAUGUACUCAUAUGCGGGUAUUUAGCAUGUUGUUUGUCUGUGAUAUGAUUUGAUUUUAUCUGAUUUGAUUUUACAUUUAUCAAUUAAAGAAAAGAAAAUUAUACAACUUUGUUACAUAAGUGUGUUCUGUGCAAGGAAAGUGCAUUAAAUAUUGGGACAUAUAGAAUUCAAUUUACAAUUAACAUGUCGGCUAGGGAAACAAGAGACCUAUGGGCCAUCUUGCAAAAAUCCACGAUGCAUUAAUUGAACUUUUUAGUAUCAAAGAUGGAAAUUUGACAAGUCACAUUUUAUUUUAAAAAAGAAGCAAAAGCCUUUGGCACAAGGAUACUCAGUGACAAAUUCUACAAAACUUGGCCAUA